AUAUAUAGCGAGAGUCAUCCUAUAUAUAUGUUAUGUAUAAGCACAUACAUCAAGUAGUCAACUAACAUCAACUUCUUUUAAUUUACCAAGGAAACAAUUUUUUACUGGGGAAACUACUUAACGUGAUUAUAUCUUUGUCGACAUGGAAACUCAUAUAAAUAAUUGUAUCUUUUGCGAUAUCAUAAAUAACAGAACACCAAGCGAGAAGAUAUACGAGGAUGAUUAUGUGACAUGUAUUAAAGAUAUUAAUCCAGCUUCGACCCAUCAUUAUUUAAUACUGCCAAAUAAACAUAUACGCAAUGCAAAAGAACUUCAACCAGAAGAUGCUUCAAUUUAUGAGAGAAUCCUUUCUACAGUGGAUAUAAUAGCAGAAAAACAAGGUUUGGACCUUGCAGUUACACGCACUGGUUUUCAUUGGCCACCAUUUAAUACAAUACAUCAUUUGCAUUUACACGUUAUUUCCCCUGUAUGCAAUAUAGGUUUACUUAAAAGAUUUAUGUUCAAACCCAACUCGUAUUGGUUUGUAAGCACGGAAUAUGUGAAGUCUUACCUUAAAGACAAAAAUAAUCCUAGUACAUCAAGCUAAAAUAAGCUUAAAAGCAAGAUCAAUAGCUGUGAUAUCUUAUUUUGGAGCUUUAUAUGAUUAUAACAUUUUAACAACUAAAUUCACUACAGAAAUUACCUUAUGUGUUGUAAAUGUAUAAACAUGGUUUAUAUAUGUAAAUUACUUCCAUUGUUGUUAAAUGUAAGGAAAAAUAAGUAAAGAAAAUUUAAGUGGGUUUAA